AUGGGUGGCUCGGUAUCCAAGAUGAUGGGGAAGAUCUUCGGCACGAAGGAGAUGCGUAUCCUAAUGCUGGGUUUGGAUGCUGCAGGAAAGACCACUAUUCUUUACAAAUUGAAACUCAGCAACCAGGAUGUUACUACGAUCCCCACCGUCGGAUUCAACGUCGAGAGCGUGACCUAUAAGAACGUCAAGUUCAACGUGUGGGAUGUCGGUGGUCAGGACAAGAUUCGCCCUCUCUGGAGACACUACUACUCUGGUACACAAGGUCUGAUCUUUGUCGUGGACUCGAGUGAUACCGCCCGCCUCGAGGAGGCCCGGUCGGAGCUGCACAAGAUUAUCAACGAUCGCGAAAUGAAGGACGCCCUGCUUCUGGUCUUUGCCAACAAGCAGGAUAUCCCUGGCCACUUGAGCCCGGAGGAAAUCACUCAACAACUCCAAUUGACCAAGCUGAAGGACAAGCUGUGGUAUGUUGCGCCCAGUGUCGCAACGGAUGGCACCGGUAUUUUCGAGGGUCUGGCAUGGCUCUCGAACAACGUCAAGACCCAGCCCGCCAAAUAA